UGUUUCCCCGUCGCUGCUGCUAGGGACGACAAGAUGGCGGCGGCGGCGGGCCCAGGCUUCGGCCCGGCGGGCGCCCUCGAGAGCCGCGUCCUGGCCUACACCCUGCACCGCUGGAGCAGCUUCUCUUCCACCUACCUGCCCGAGAAUAUUUUAGUAGACAAGCCCAAUGAUCAAUCUUCGCGGUGGUCUUCUGAAAGCAACUACCCUCCCCAGUAUCUGAUCCUGAAACUUGAAAGGCCUGCCAUAGUCCAGAGCAUCACAUUUGGAAAAUAUGAGAAGACCCAUGUCUGUAAUUUAAAGAAGUUUAAAGUUUUUGGCGGGAUGAAUGAAGAAAACAUGACAGAUCUCUUAUCAAGUGGCUUAAAGAAUGACUAUAAUAAAGAAACGUUCACCUUGAAGCAUAAGAUUGAUGAGCAGAUGUUCCCUUGUCGAUUUAUUAAGAUAGUUCCGUUGCUGUCGUGGGGUCCCAGCUUCAAUUUUAGCAUCUGGUACGUUGAACUUAACGGCAUCGACGAUCCGGAUGUGGUACAACCCUGCCUCAAUUGGUACAGCAAGUACCGUGAACAGGAAGCCAUUCGCCUCUGCCUGAAGCACUUUCGCCAGCACAACUACACAGAGGCCUUCGAGUCCCUGCAGAAGAAAACCAAGAUUGCGCUGGAGCACCCCAUGCUGACAGACCUUCACGACAAGCUAGUCCUGAAGGGUGACUUCAAUGCCUGUGAAGAGUUGAUAGAGAAAGCUGUGAAUGAUGGCUUGUUCAACCAGUACAUCAGUCAGCAGGAAUACAAACCACGGUGGGGUCAGAUAAUCCCCAAAAGCACCAAAGGUGAUGGUGAGGACAGCAGGCCUGGAAUGAGAGGCGGCCAUCAAAUGGUCAUUGACGUGCAGACAGAAACAGUAUAUUUGUUUGGCGGCUGGGACGGGACUCAGGACCUGGCUGACUUCUGGGCCUACAGCGUAAAGGAGAACCAGUGGGCGUGUAUAUCAAGAGAUACUGAAAAAGAGAAUGGCCCCAGCGCCAGGUCCUGCCACAAGAUGUGCAUCGACAUCCAGCUGAGGCAGAUCUACACGCUGGGCCGUUACCUGGAUUCCUCCGUGAACAGCAAGUCUCUGAAAAGCGACUUCUAUCGCUACGACAUCGACACAAACACGUGGAUGUUGCUCAGCGAGGACACCGCUGCGGAUGGAGGCCCCAAGCUCGUGUUUGACCAUCAGAUGUGUAUGGAUUCAGAGAAGCACAUGAUCUACACCUUCGGGGGAAGGAUUUUGACGUGCAACGGGAGCGUGGACGACAGCCGAGCCAGUGAGCCACAAUUCAGUGGCCUCUUCGCCUUCGACUGCCGGUGCCGGACGUGGAAACUCUUGCGAGAGGAUUCCUGUAAUGCUGGCCCUGAAGACAUCCAGUCCAGAAUAGGGCACUGCAUGUUGUUCCAUUCAAAAAAUCGUUGCCUGUACGUGUUUGGUGGCCAGAGGUAAACAUACCUCAACGAUUUCUUCAGUUACGAUGUAGACAGUGAUCACGUGGAUAUCAUCUCAGAUGGAACCAAGAAAGAUUCAGGGAUGGUCCCAAUGACCGGCUUCACCCAAAGAGCUACCAUUGACCCGGAACUGAACGAAAUCCAUGUGUUGUCUGGACUUAGCAAAGACAAGGAGAAAAGGGAAGAGAAUGUUCGGAAUUCCUUCUGGAUUUAUGACAUUGUACGGAACAGCUGGUCUUGUGUCUACAAGAACGACCAGGCCGCCAAAGAGAAUCCAAGCAAAAGCCUCCAAGAGGAGGAGCCCUGCCCGCGUUUUGCACACCAGCUUGUGUAUGAUGAAUUGCACAAGGUCCAUUAUUUGUUUGGAGGGAAUCCAGGCAAAUCCUGUUCUCCAAAGAUGCGGCUGGAUGAUUUCUGGUCCCUGAAGCUUUGCCGGCCUUCGAAAGAAUACCUUCUACGCCACUGCAAAUACCUAAUUAGGAAACACAGGUUUGAAGAGAAGGCCCAGACAGACCCUCUAAGUGCCCUGAAAUACCUGCAGAACGACUUGUUCGUCACCGUAGACCACUCGGACCCAGAGGAGACGAAAGAGUUCCAGUUACUUGCUUCAGCCCUCUUCAAGUCCGGCUCCGACCUGAGCGCUCUGGGGUUUUCUGACGUCGACCACAUCUACGCCCAACGGACUCAGCUCUUUGAUACCUUAGUGAACUUCUUUCCGGACAACAUGACGCCGCCCAAGGGCAACCUGGUAGACCUCAUCACCCUGUGACAGGGGCACUGGCUGGACACGUGGAAGGAGGAGGGGAGGGCGGCAAGGCGGGGGCUGGGAGAAGGACAUUUUUUUGCUUUUCAGUAUUUUUAAUUUGUGUGUGUGUGUGUGUGUGCCUGCCUUGAUUGACUGAGCGACUGGCGGACUGCACUAUAAUAAGAGUAAGGUGGUUUCAGAGCAGGGCGGGGAGGUGGCUUCACGGAUAAAUACCAAAUGGGCUAAUAAAAGGCAACUGACAUACUUCUGAUGGAAAUUCAUACAUAGAUAUAUUUUCUGACCUUGGCUUUUU